AUAUAAGGAUAAAAUAUAAAUCAGAGCAUGUAUACCUAGCAUUUUGGAGCAUAUUUCUGUGUAUAAACAGGUCAUCAUGACGCGCGGCAAGCAGAAAAAUAGAACAGAAGCGAAAAACUACGCUUCAGUUCGCUUGUGUCGCACAAGUUUCGCACCCGGUUCGCGCCGCGUUCGCAGCUGGUGUAGAGGACGUCGCCCGCUGCCGUUGUAAUAACAGUACUUCAACUACGCUUCACGUACGCGCGUCGUGCGCUCGCGGCCGCUACGCGUGCGGUGGGUGUCCGGCUUUAGGGGGUUCCCCAAUCACAUUACGGAUUGUGGGUGGUUCCUGGUGCAAUAUGCCGUAGCAAAUCGAGUUCCGCUUACUAUUUUGAUCACUGAUUACAGUAACCCAGUCAAUCGAGUAUUGGCUCUACUUUUUCAAAAAUUGAUGGUUGAACUCAAUUUUGAACCAUUUCGAAAAUACUAACUGUUUUUGAUCGAACUUUCUUUGCACUCGAGACAGCCGAGGGGACACAUACAACGAAUACAUAAUGGUUUGUUUCUAUUGCUGAUCAAAGCCUCCGUACCUCAUUAAGUGGAUAACGUGUGAAAACACCAGCAACCCCUGCCUGGAUGAUUAGUUGGUUCCGUCGCCUGUUGAAGAAGCCGGAAUCAGACACUUUGCAUCCAAGCUCAGCGUUAAGCCAAGAGGCCUCAAGUAGCACGCCAGUGUCUCAUGCGUCAGUUUCGUCCGUCAUCGGGGCUUCCACCACUCCCUCCUCUUCCUCUUCUCCCUCGCUCCAGAAUGCGGCGGCCCGCUGGAGCCGCAGUUUUGAUGUGUGCGUGUGCCACAGCUCCACGGAUGUGCUGGACGCACAGCUCCUGGCCUCCCGCUUGGAAGCCGGCCCUCAUGGGCUCCGCUGCUUCCUGCCUCUGCGUGACUCCACCCCUGGCGGGGCUGUCCCCACGGAGCUUUGUGAGGCGGUGCGAGGCAGCCACUGCUGGGCCCUGCUUAUCACGCCGGCCUUCCUUGUGGAUCCCUGGUGCCAGUACCAGAUGCACCAGGCCCUCACUGAAGCACCCACGUCCAACCGGAUCAUCCCUCUCCUGCUACGGGCCUCUCGGUCUGAUUACCCAACAGAACUGUGCUUUUACUACUACAUAGACCUUAACAGAGACCCUGAGCAGGGAUACGCACGGGUGUAUAGGGCAGUGCUGAACUAUCUGUCGGAGCUGUGCAGCAGUGCCACUGGAGUCGAUCGCGUCCCAUCCGGCGACAGCCAGGGGGACCCCAGGUCUCCUGGGAGCUCGCUGACAGACCCUGGGUUCUCAGAAACUCCACCUUCAAGCACAAGAGAGCCCCCCUCACAGCUAGCACUGACCACCACAGAGUCAGAGUUCCCAGAGCUGGAACAGGGUCACAGUGCGGUGACCAAGGAGGACACUGAGGAGAGGGACAGCACUGGAGAAAUUGACUCAAGUCUGUAGCAACAGGAAGUGAAUGUAUCACAGUCACUCUUCUUGGCUGUGACCAAGCUGAAGACUCAUUCACUGACGGAGGAUAUGUCAGUUUUCCUUACAGCUGGCAAAAAUCACCAAUAAAUAGAGGCAUGCUUCAUUAUUAUUAACACAGAUACAAAAGAAGAUAGACUACUGGUACUGAGAAAAGUAAAUUGAAUGGUUUGUUAUGUCAUCUUAGAGAAUUCUGUGCCAUAAUGGCAUUGAUCAGCUCAUUUGUUAUUUCAUAUAUUAUUUAUGGAUAUUUAUGUGUUAUUUACAUUUAAGAUUUUAGUAAGAUCAUUUGUAAAUGUUAGCAAUGCAGGCUCAGCCCUGUGCAUAUUUUAUUAUUAAAAUGUCAGAAUGAUCUGUG